CUGUUUGGUCUUCCAUUCCUCCAUCAACCCUGUUUAUAAAACCAUCUCCUUCCAUUCUCUUCUACACUCCCCACUCCUCCUCUGAACAUCACUUCCCAAACCAAACCUUAAAUUAAAUUCAUGUGCUCCUCAAGGUCUACCACUCCAUCAAGACCUUCUUACUUGGAACAAGACCACGGCCUGGCUUCCUUAACCGACAUGGAUGCUUGCCAUCGAGCCAACAAUUUUGUAUCUAGGUCUAUGACCAUGGGUUACGCCACCUCCUACACCAGAACCCGAUUAAGGAACACCCUUCCCGUUUUCUCACCGAGAUCUAAGACAUUCCACGACACCAGAUUCGAGGAUCACCACUCUCACUUCCUCGCCGCCUGUUUCCUCUGUAAAAAGACACUCGGGGACAACAGAGACAUCUUCAUGUAUAGAGGGGACACCCCGUUUUGUAGCCAGGAGUGCAGGCAAGAACAAAUAGAUAUAGACGAAGCGAAAGAGAAGAACAUGAACCUUUCUUCAUCGAUGAAAGCUUUGAGGAAUAAAGAACAAAGAAAAUCGACGUCGCCAAACAAGACGCAAGGGUACUCGUUCCGUACGGGGGCAGUUGCGGCGGCUUAGUUAGUUGAAGAGGUACAUAGGAUUCCUCGAACGAACGGAACUGAAGCAGUAUUCCCGGAAAAGGAAAGAAAAGACUUUUAAGAAAAAAACUGUGACCCAAAAGAAAGAUACUUUUCUUUCCAGAAACAGGGGUGAAGAGAGAGGAAUGGAAGGUACGGGGGAGUUUUGUGAAUGUAGCUGUAAAUGUGUUAUACGUGUUGAAGUGUGGGUGCUUACAGUUCCAGAUCCUCUCAAUCAAAAUGGCUCAAAUUUUCGGGUUUGCUUUUUCUAUUUCUUUUUUCUUUGGAAUCAAGGGUUUUGGUUUUUGUUUCCUUUUGUAUAUCACCCUACCUUGUUGAGUUAUAGGGCUUGUGGCAAAUAGUUUCAGUUUUUGAAAAAGAUGAAACUCAAUACAAUGGAAACUUUCUCUCCUUU